AUGUAUCAACGUGCACUCCUUUUCUCUGCCCUUGCGACGGCCGUCAGCGCCCAGCAGGUUGGCACUCAGAAGGCCGAGGUGCACCCUGCUUUGACCUGGCAAAAGUGCACUGCUGCUGGCAGCUGCACUGACCAGAAAGGCUCCGUUGUGAUUGAUGCCAACUGGCGUUGGCUCCACUCGACUGAGGACACCACCAACUGCUAUACCGGCAACGAGUGGAACGCCGAGCUCUGCCCUGACAAUGAGGCUUGUGCUAAGAACUGCGCUCUCGACGGUGCCGAUUACUCUGGCACCUAUGGUGUCACUGCCGACGGCUCUUCUCUUAAGCUCAACUUUGUCACCAGUGCCAAUGUUGGCUCCCGUCUGUAUCUCAUGGAGGAUGACGAGACCUACCAGAUGUUCAACCUUUUGAACAACGAGUUCACCUUCGAUGUUGACGUGUCGAACCUUCCUUGCGGCCUGAACGGCGCCCUGUACUUCGUGUCCAUGGAUGCUGAUGGCGGCUUGUCCAAGUACCCUGGCAAUAAGGCUGGUGCCAAAUACGGAACUGGCUACUGCGACUCUCAGUGCCCUCGGGACCUGAAGUUCAUCAACGGCGAGGCUAACGUGGAGGGCUGGAAGCCUUCUGACAACGACAAGAACGCUGGCGUUGGUGGCUACGGAUCUUGCUGCCCCGAGAUGGAUAUCUGGGAGGCCAAUAGCAUCUCCACUGCUUACACUCCUCAUCCUUGUGAUGGUAUGGAGCAGACCCGUUGCGACGGUAAUGACUGCGGUGGCACUUACUCUUCCACUCGCUAUGCCGGUACUUGUGAUCCCGAUGGUUGUGAUUUCAACUCCUUCCGCAUGGGCAACGAGAGCUUCUAUGGCCCUGGCGGACUGGUUGACACCAAGUCCCCCAUCACUGUGGUAACUCAGUUUGUUACUGCCGGUGGAACCGAUUCCGGUGCCUUGAAGGAAAUCCGCCGUGUUUAUGUCCAGGGCGGCAAGGUCAUCGGCAACUCUGCCUCGAACGUCGCGGGUGUUGAGGGUGAUUCCAUCACCUCUGACUUCUGCACUGCCCAGAAGAAGGCCUUUGGUGAUGAGGACAUCUUCUCCAAGCAUGGCGGGCUUGAGGGUAUGGGCAAGGCUCUCAACAAGAUGGCUCUCAUCGUGAGCAUCUGGGACGACCACGCCUCCAGCAUGAUGUGGCUCGACAGCACCUACCCCGUUGACGCUGACGCCUCCACCCCCGGUGUCGCCCGCGGUACCUGCGAGCACGGCCUCGGUGACCCCGAGACUGUCGAGAGCCAGCACCCCGAUGCCUCUGUGACCUUCUCCAACAUCAAGUUCGGACCUAUCGGCUCGACCUACAAGAGCGUUUAA